UAAAAAAUCUGCAGAUAUAAUGUAGUUAAAAGAAUAUAUAAGUCUGAAAACGACAAUUGUAUGUUGCAAAGUGCUUGUCAAUUUGUAUAUACAUAUAUAGAAUAUAAUAUGUAAUUUCUUCUUUGUAAAUUAUGAACACCUACGAACUUCAUAAAUCCCUUAUAAACCAAUAUCUUCUUUACUAUGGGGGAUCAUCACAGCAUUUUAAGCGUGAUACAUCUAAGGAUAAAACAGAUUUUGACGUGAUAAAAGAAAAUCACAAGUUUUUAUGGGAUGACGAAGAUGCUGACACUUGGGAGAAACAAUUAGCUAAAAAAUACUAUGACAAAUUAUUUAAAGAGUACACAAUUUGCGACUUAAGCCGCUAUAAAGAGAAUAAAGUUGCAUUAAGAUGGAGAGUAAGGCAAGAAGUUGUUGUAGGCAAAGGCCAAUUCAUUUGCGGAACAAAGAAAUGUGACAUCCGAGAAGAUCUACGAACAUGGGAAGUGAAUUUUGCUUAUAUAGAAGAUAAUGAGAAGAAGAAUGCUCUAGUUAAAUUACGUUUAUGUCCUGAUUGUUCUGUUAAAUUGAAUUAUAGGAGCAAAAAAAGAGAGAUUAAAAGACAAAAUAAUCCUAAAAAGAUGAAAAAAUUAUCUAAGAAACUUAAAAAUACCAAAGAUGUUGUUACAGAGGAAAAAGAAGCAGAUAAAUCUGAGGAUACAGAUCCCUUGGCAGGUACUUCCACAGAAAGUAAUAAUCCAUGGAGUAAAGCCCAGGUUGUAGAGGAAAAGUCUCGAGAAGAUGAAAUAGAUGAAUAUCUAGGAAUGUUGUUGUUAUAAACUAUAUAUAUCUAUAUAUACUUUGAUUCACUAUAUUUUUUUACUUUGAAUACAAUCUAAUGUGUUAUAGAUAAUUAUUUCUUAAUUAUCUGUUUGAAAGAAUAUUUAUUAAUAGAAUACCAAAUAUGUACUUAAAU